CACGAUUUGGAAAUUUUGCAAUUUUUAGAAUUUAGUCAUUGAAUUGAAAAUUACAAGAAUUCGUCUUCAUUAAAACAUUUUUAGCGAUAGUGCAUCAAAAUGACUGUUGGAUGGGUUACUCUAGAUGUUGGAGAACAGGCUUUAGUGUAUGACCAUCAUGGAUCAGCCAGAAUUGAAGAUGGCCCAAAAAGAAUGUUCCUGUUUCGUGAGAGGAUGACAAUGUUAACAAGAUACUCAGCCAAUCAAAAUGAAUAUUUGGUUGUUAAACACAGAGAUGGCAGAAUAGAACACAUGCAGGGACCCUGUGUUAUGUUCCUAAACACAAUAGCAUAUCAGUCUAUCAAGAAGAAAGACAUGAUACCACUGGAUGCCAAUGAGGCCCUGGUUGUGUACAAGCAGGACAUGAAAUCCGGCGAGGUGAAACGAUACAUCAAGUAUGGACCUACACUUUUCAUGCCAAUGGCAAAUGAAUGGCUUCACUCAUUUUCCUGGCAUGGAACAGAUCCCAGUAACAAAACAAGACUCAUUCCCAACAGUAAACAUUUUGAGCGACUCCAGAUCAUUCCAGACCAGUUCUAUUAUAAUGUGGACGAGGUGCGGACAGCAGAUGAUGCAUUAAUUAGAGUAAAAUUAAUGAUGUUUUAUGAGCUGAAUGAUAUAGAAACUAUGUUGGAAACCACUAAAGACCCCAUUGCUGAUUUUAUCAAUUGUUUGUGUGCAGAUACUGUGGCCUUUGCAGGAAAGUAUACGUAUAUAGAGUUUAUGGAACACUCUGCCGAGUUGAACGAUCUGAGUUCUUUUCCCCAGUUGACAGAGAGAGCAAAAUCUGUUGGUUACAACAUAUCCAAGGUUGUGUUUAGAGGUUACUUUGCUCAUGACAAAUUGCAGAAACUCCAUGAUGGUGCUAUAGAACUUAGAACAAGGCUCAAGAUUGCUUAUGAAUCAGAAGAACAAGAACAAAAAAUGACAGACUUAAAAUUGAAGAAUGAGAAGGACAGAAUUGAUUUAGAACAGAAGGUUGAGAUAGAGCAGCUGACACAUCAACAGGAGAUGGAGAGAUCAAAGGUUGAACAUAAAUUGGAGAUGGAGAAGAGAUCAGAGGAAGAGAAACGUAGAAAAUGGGAGGUGGAGAAAAAAGGACAAUUACAGAAGACUACGAAUGUUAAAUCAUUGGCAGAGCCUCCAUUCUGCAUGUGCACAAUUAAAAUUUCAUCCUGGUGGGCAUGUUUGAGAGGCAGCCAGUCAAAACUACACCCGAUUCCCUGGUUCAAGUGCUGCAUGGACUUUAGAACAUUUGAAGGGGAGACACUCGUUUGUGCCUAAAAUUUAUGAGUAGAAAUACCUUUGAAAAUUGAUGAUUUGAGUAGCUGUUGUAAAUAAAUUACCUACUGUUCUCAGACGCUUUUAGAUUCAUUUUACUUACUGUGCAUGUGCAAUAUGUAUGUUAUAAUUUACCUUAUUAUAAUAGUACUUAGUUAUAUUACUAGUAUUCGUAUAUUUUCUAAUGUAUUUCUUAGGAAUAAUGUUAUUUUUCCUUUUUAUAAUUAUAUUCGUCAGAGAUUUUGUAUUUUUUAAUUAAUAUAAGCGCCCAACUCUGGAUUUAUUCAAAAUUGCAUAUAAAAAUUUUUUAG